GAAAACGUUGCAAAACAGUCCCGACGGUAGUGGAGCAGGACAGUCACCAAGGAAAACCUGGAUAACACAGCUUCAGGAAAAUGAUGCUAUCAGAGGUGAUGCAGGUGCUGCGUGGGGCAGGUAAAGUGGGCUCCGCCCUGGUUUGCUCUCAGGGAGAACAUCUCAAAUUUAUGGCCUGCAACUCCACCGUGGGAGCGGGAGUCAAAGUGGCUCAGGAUGCGGUGGAGGGACUGGUGGGCAACUUCAGUGGCGGCAGCACUGCGUCAACAAAGGAGGACGUGUUUCCGGACGCAGAGGGUUGGGAAAAUGUGGACCCCGAUGAAGCAGCCAAAUGGGCCACGGGGACCGAGUUCCCCUCUGAUGCUCCAGAGCAAAACCAGACGGAAGCUGGAGCCGCAGCAGAGACGCCGACAGGAGUUCCUCCUUCCCCGGAGGCAGCUCCUGCCGGGACAGGCUGGCCGGGACAGAGCACUCGCUUCCUCCACACGACCCCCCGGUUUAACCGGUACUACUGCCAGACCAGGUCUGUCCACGACACGGUGGUGGCGAGACUCAACCCAGAGGACAUCAAGAAGGCCAGGGAGGCCAAGAAGGCUCUGGUCAAACCUGUCAGACAGAAGCUGAGUGACCGUGCCAGAGAGAGCAAGGUUCCCGCCACAAGAAUCAGCAGGCUGGUUAAUUUUGGGGGACUGGCAGUAGGACUCGGGAUCGGUGCCAUCGCAGAAAUGGCAAAACAGUCAUUGGCAGGCAAACCCAAACGAGAUGAGAGUGCUUUGUUAGACUCUCCUCUCCUGUCGGAGGCCAAUGCCGAGAGAAUAGUCAACACGCUGUGUAAGGUCCGUGGGGCUGCACUCAAGAUCGGACAGAUGUUCAGCAUUCAAGACAACAACUUCAUCAACCCUCAGCUGCAGAAGAUCUUUGAGAGGGUCCGGCAGAGCGCCGACUUCAUGCCGUCCUGGCAGAUGAACAAAGUUCUGGAGGAGGAACUGGGGCCCGGCUGGCGGGAGAAGCUAGCGUCCUUUGAAGACAAACCGUUUGCUGCGGCGUCCAUCGGCCAGGUUCAUCAUGGGGUGUUAAAAGACGGGAGAGAGAUCGCCAUGAAGAUCCAGUACCCCGGAGUGGCAGAGAGCAUCCACAGUGACAUAAACAACCUGAUGUCGGUGCUGAAAAUGAGCGUGGCCCUGCCAGGAGGUCUGUUUGCAGACAACAGCUUAGAGGUUCUUCAGAGGGAGCUGGCGUGGGAGUGCGACUAUAAGAGGGAGGCCGAGUGUGCCAAGAAGUUCAGGUCCAUGCUGGAGGGAAAUGAGUACUUCCAAAUCCCGAAGGUGAUCGAUGAGCUGUCAGGCCGCAGAGUGCUGGCCAUGGAUCUGGUACAAGGAGUCCCACUGGACCGCUGCGUAGACCUGGACCAGGAGACCAGGAACGAUAUCUCUUACAAAAUCCUCCAGCUGUGUCUCAGGGAGGUGUUUGAGUUCAGGUUCAUGCAGACGGACCCGAACUGGUCCAACUUCUUCUACAACUCAGACACCAACAAGAUCGUUCUGUUGGACUUUGGGGCGUGCAGAGGCUACGAAGAGAAAUUCACAGAUGACUACAUACAGGUGGUGCACGCGGCCUCCGUGGGUGAUCGAGCCACCGUUCUUUCCAAAUCGAAGGAUUUGAAAUUCCUGACAGGUUUCGAGGCCAAGGCCUUCGAGGACGCCCACGUGGAGGCCGUGAUGAUCCUCGGCGAAGCCUUCUCGUCCGUGGAGCCCUUCGACUUCGGCACCCAGAGCACCACCCAGCGCAUCCAGAGCCUCCUCCCCAUCAUGCUGCGCUACCGCCUCACCCCUCCGCCCGAGGAGUCGUACUCCCUCCACCGCAAGAUGGCCGGCUCCUUCCUCAUCUGCUCCAAGCUGAAGGCGCGCAUAUCGUGCAGGGACAUGUUCCUGGACGUGUACAACGCCUACAACCAGCGGAGGCAGGAGGAGGAGGAGGAGCAGGCGGAGCAGGCGGCCCGGGCCAGUGCGUAGACGCUUCUGGACUUUUUCAGAACGAGAGUAAAGACAGAAAAGAUGGAGACUUCAUCAAUAUGUAACUGGCAACGUGCUCUAAAGAGGACCACGACUUUCUAUGGUCGGCUCCUUCACGUACAAGAUCACUGACAUCAGUGUGAGGUCAUGAGGAUUUGGGCGAUCGCGACCCAACGCUGACUCAUCGAGGACUGACUUUAAGCUCUCACUGUCCUGUGCAGUGACUCUGACUGAAUGUGAGCUGUGCCAUAGAAAAUAUAUACUGAUGCCCAAAACGGUUAUAUUACUGAUUAAAUAUGUGAACUGAAGACAGGAUUAUUUAACUCAUUUGGCGUGUUGUGUGUGUUUGAUUUUCAUGGCCCAAUGGUUACACCGCCGUCGCAGAUCCUCAAAAUGCAAAAAGUACAUUUCCUUUGUUUCCUCCCCCUGGUUAGAAAGUAUUAAUACUUUCACAGCAAAGGUCCACCAUGUUACAAGAGAAAACAUCUUCUGUCUCAAGGACGCAUGAUAAGCCCUGCAUUGCAUAUCUGAUGCCGCCAAGUGCUCUUUCUGUUUGUGCUAGAAGGACUUUAAUGUGCUGCGAAGUUCGUUUUUAUCCUGAAUGUGAAGCCUGGCAGACGACAUGUGAUGGUCUAAUAGAAACCCGGCGAGUAACGGCCGUGCAUUGUAGAGAAUAUUUGGCAUAAAUCUCCAUAAUGUGAAAUGCUUUCGGCCCGUUUUUAUGGCUUCUUUAUGACACAGAUGAGUUCUGUAACCAACAAGACGGUGUGCUGUGAGUUUUUCUUUUUUUAUAAAAUAAAAUAAUAUUUCCCCAUUUCACACUCUGAGCUUCACUGGCAGGUGUCAAAGAAGGACUUCCUUCACUCCAUUGAUCUUUCCAUUUCUCUUUUAGACCUCUUUGGGGAAUAUUGACAUGUUUGACCUCGUUCUCCACUCUACGCUGUUCUUCUAUCGACCGUCUAACUAAAUGUGAGAUAUGAGCUAAUUGUGGCGUUGAUGGCUUUAUUUAUUUUUCACAGAAACUAUUUUCAUGUCAAGGCAGCGCCGUCUUAUUUGGUCCUCAAUCGAGCCGUUACUGCCCUGCUCACAGAAUGUUGUUCACACCGCAGGAGCUGAGAUGUGAGGCUUUCACUGACCUCGUAAAAACCUGAUGGAGCCUUUUUUUUUUUUUUUUUUUUUUUUUUUUUUUACUGGAUCUCCAUUAGUGCAGUUAGUGGCCCUCUGUUGCAUCCUGUACAGUACAGCUGCCCAGCACAGUGAGGCUGGCUCUCACCCUUUUAGUUUUUUUUGGGAAUCGGCCACAGUUAGUAACUGCAGCACAUGUCGAGAGAAGGAGGAAGGAAAAAAGAAAGGAGCAUUCUUCUCUUUCAGUUUCACGCAACGGAAAGUUUGAGCCGGUUUCUCUGCAUGUCAGAAGCAGCUGGCUGCAGUUUGUUGGAGGAGAGUUGGCUGAACACUGGACUGCUGAGGACGAUGAUUCCUACCAGGACCAGUUCCUUUAUGAGGUUUAAUACAUGUCCGGAGAAUGUUUGUGUUCACGUUAUGUUGCUGAAUGAAAGGUAGUGACUGUGUGAACAUUGAGGGACAGCUGGCCCAGUAGGCUUUAACUGGCUUUUAUAUAUUCCCUGUUAUAGUAACCUUUUUUUUCUAUGCUUGUUUUUCCAUUUUUGUUUUAUGACUUUCAGCUGAUUUUGUAUCGAUGUAAUAUUUAUCAGCAGGAUUGCAGCCACCAUUGUGGACAAUUAAUGGUCUUUUUUU